AACGAAUUCAGUUUGUCUGUUUUGUUGUCGCGGAUUUUUGUUACGAACGAAUGAUAAGUUGAAAUCGAAAUAAUCGAAUUCUCAUCGAUUAUUAUCCGUCAGAUUGUUUUCAAAGUGUUCCGAAGUUAUUUGAUAUUCCACUUCCGGCAGUGGUCUCUCUAAUCUCAACACUAUCGGUAUUUUUUCUGAUAAGACUUCAUCAAAGGAUUAUUCGGAAUUCUGCGACAGUGCAUAGGAUGAAAUGAACGGCACCUAUAAAUAAUCCCACACCAUCAGCGAACUCUCAGUACCCCCAACAAAUCAAGAUGUUAGUCCAUGCGCCCAAGGAGCACUCGCGAGACCAAACCCCUCCUCCAAAACACGCAAAUAACCACGGCCUAUUCAAAAAAUCCCACACGUGCGGCAGUCUCUACGCAAAAUGUGCCUGCAACUACGGAAACAGCAAAGAUUCUCACUCGUUCUCCGAAGAGCAGAGACUACAAACGAAGUCCAACCCUACAACACCCAGCGAUCAGUACACGUACCAAAGCACCAAGAGGUUUUCAAGCCCUGAUAUCAAUCACCACAGAAGAGUCUCGCAGGUCUGCCUUUGUCCUAAGUCCUGCUCUAGAAGCUCUAACAUCAUCAGAGCCAAUAUUUACUUGGACCAUCCAGAGAUAAAUUUUCCUAUCCCUGUGGAGCUACCAAAGGAUUACCAGAGCAAGUCGCUGCCUCUUAUACUGCACCCGGAGCUAAAAGAGCGACUGAGCCUUGACCACAGUUCCCCUGCAGAUGAUCAAAACUCCUCCCCAACUAGGCAAAAAUUCCUCCAAGACUUCGGCAUCAUUCCUCAAAUGGGGAACGGGUUCGGGCCCACGAAGAAGCACUCAGGGUGUUCGCUGGAUGCUGGCACCAUCCAGAGGAUCAGGAGGAACUCGGGGGAGCCGGAGAAGAACGAGUACUGGAGGAAUUUGGUGAGGAAGCUGAAGAACGACGUUGCUGAGGUCGAGGGAAAGUAUGAGGCUGUGCAGGCGGAGGUGUUCGAGCUGAGGAAGCAGGUGGGAGCUAAGGAGGCGCAGGUGAUGAGGCUACAGAGGGAGGUUCACAAGCUCAAGUGCGUUCUUCAGCAAACGAACGCUGCGAGAGAUGGAGAACUGCUUGCGAGCAUUCAGAAGCAGCACGCGAUGGCAAACCGCGUUCCUCAGAGCCAGACCAACAAUUCCAAGAAACAGGGGGUGUCCGCGGAGUCUAGCGAAUGUACGGGGGAUGGCGGGAAUAUUCCCAUUACGAAAUACGACAAGGACUUCAGAUCCAAGCAGCUGAUAAAACAAGCCAUCCUGGACAACGACUUCCUCAAGAACAUGGAUACUUGCCAGGUGCGCGAGAUGGUCGAUUGCAUGCACCCUAAGGAGUUCUCGGCGGGAUCGUUGGUCAUCACCGAGGGGGAGGCGGGGGGAGCUCUGUUCGUGUCCGCCAGGGGGGAACUGGAGGUCAUCAAGGACGGAAAGGUUCUGGGGCACAUGGGGCCUGGGAAAGCGUUCGGGGAGCUUGCCAUCUUGUACAAUUGCACGAGGACCGCGUCCAUUAGAGCCGUGGAUAAUGUGAAAGUAUGGAUUUUGGACAGAAAAGUCUUCCAGCAGAUAAUGAUGAGGACUGGACUUCAGCGACUCCAAGAUAACAUCAACUUUCUCAAGUCUGUACCAUUACUGCAGAAUCUCAACAACGACGUUUUAGCAAAAAUUGCAGAUGUCUUAGAAGUGGAAUUUUACCCUGCUGGUGUUCAUAUCGUGAGACAAGGUGCUAGUGGAGACACGUUCUAUAUCAUCAGCAGUGGAUCUGUCAAAGUGACACAACGCCCUCCAAGCCGCAUGGAGGAAGAGGAGAUCCGCGUCCUCCACCGCGGCGACUACUUCGGGGAGCAAGCCCUCCUCAAGGAGGACCUCAGGACGGCCUCGGUGAUAUCUGUCUGUCCCGGCGUAGAGUGCCUCACUUUAGACAGGAAGCACUUCAAACAACUGAUAGGGGACAUCAGCGAGAUCAGAGAAAAGGACUACGGGGACGAGGAGAGACUGAACAAGCCCUCGUCUUCCUCGGAGCAACAAGAAUAUGAAUACAUCACCCUGGAUGAUCUUGAAGUUGUGGCCACGUUAGGAUUAGGAGGAUUUGGAAGAGUGGAGCUGGUUCAAUACACCAAAGACCCGUCAUUCACCUUCGCUCUCAAGUGUCUCAAGAAACAACACAUCGUCGAUACACAACAGCAAGAGCAUAUUUACAGCGAAAGAAGUAUCAUGAUGGGUUGUCGAAGUCCUUUCAUAUGCAGGUUGUAUAGAACAUACCGAGAUUCGAAGUACGUAUACAUGCUUCUGGAGGCUUGCCUUGGUGGAGAAGUGUGGACCAUUUUGAGAGACAGGAGUUGUUUCGACGAUAAUAUUACUCGAUUCAUUGUUGGCUGUGUGAUAGAAGCUUUCGACUAUUUACAUUCUAGAGGAAUAAUCUACAGGGAUCUGAAACCGGAAAAUCUCUUGCUUGACGCUCGAGGAUACGUCAAACUCACCGACUUCGGAUUCUCCAAGCGGCUGGGAUACAGCAGCAAAACUUGGACUUUUUGUGGCACUCCCGAUUACGUGGCACCAGAAACGAUUCUGAACAAAGGGCAUGAUAAGGCAGUGGAUUUUUGGGCUCUGGGCAUCCUGAUGCAUGAAUUGCUUACAGGAAGUCCUCCCUUCACCGCAGAUGAUCCAAUGAAAACGUAUAACCUGAUCUUGAAGGGAAUCGAUAUGAUAGACUUUGCGAAGCACAACGUUGGCAGGACAGCUCAGAGUCUGAUCAAACGGCUGUGCAGUCAUUGUCCCUCAGAGAGGCUGGGAUGCCAGAGGGGGGGAAUACAAGACAUCAGGAAACACAGGUGGUUUCAAGGCUUCGACUGGGACGGACUAGUAGCUAGAACACUCCCCCCACCUAUUCAUCACCCUGUCAUCAGUCCUUGUGACACUUCCAACUUUGAUACCUUCGACAAAGACGAUGACGUUCCUCCAGAUGAACUCUCGAAUUGGGAUCACAAUUUUUGAAUACCUAUACUGAUGAUUUGUGAUAGAUAAAUAUUUUUAUAUACAGUAUUACAUAUAUACAUUCCUCAUUUCAUUAGAA